UGAAGGCAUGAGUCGGGUUCGGUCACACACACAGCUCCUGCUCCUGCCCCUGCUCCUGGUCGUCGUGACCUUGGGCGCAGGCCAGGCCAGCCGGGUGCCGGCGGAAGUGGGCUCCCAGCCCCACAGCGUCUCCCUGCGGCGGAACGGCGUCCAUGUCUGCGGAGGAGCUCUGUUCCGCGACAACUGGGUCAUCACCGCGGCCCACUGCGUCAGCUUGGGCGGUGGACAGCAAAGCUACCCAGCCCAGUCCUACAACGUCCGAGCUGGAAGCAUUCAGCGUCUAGCUGGUGGCCAAAUAGUGCCCCUGUCCCAGAUCAUUAUCCACAAGAACUACUCCAGUUCGGAUGCAGCUGGCGCCAAUGACCUGGCCCUGCUGCAGCUGCAGACCAAGGUGACCCUGAAUGCGAACACCAAGCCCAUUGACCUGGCCACGGAGCGUCCGGCGGCGGGGUCCCAGAUCAGCUUCUCGGGCUGGGGAUCCAGCAAGGUCGAGGGCUCCCUUAGCCAUGGCCUCCAGGUGGCCAGCAGGCAGAUCCUGAGUGCGAGCGACUGCCAGAAGGAGCUGUACCUGCAGCAGGAGGAUCUGCUCUGCCUGUCCCCGGUGGCCGAGGACUUCGCCGGCCUCUGUUCCGGCGAUGCUGGUGCUCCGGCGGUCUACAAUGACCAACUGGUGGGCAUUGCCGCCUUCUUUGUCGGCGGCUGUGGCUCCGGCCUGCCCGAUGGCUACGUGGAUGUGACCCAGCACCGGGAGUGGAUCAACGAGAAUGCUGCUUAAAUAAAGGCGAGAUGUUGAAGGGGA